CAGAUGGGGCUGACAUUUACAGGAUCACACUGCGACAGCCUCUUACUGACAAGAGGGGCAUGAACGCAACUAAGAAGUUUCAGCUCGCUGUUGAUGGCCUCCUGGACACGUUUCAUUGCUGCAGCGACCAUUUCCAGGCACGCGUUGCGCAUCCGGCGCUUCAGAGCGCAGUUCUCUGCACCCCGAUGCUCCAGCAUCCCAGCAUCUCAAGCAUCACCAAAAAGGGCAUCAUCAAAUCGGUGAAAGAGUGCUGGAGACCACAGGAUAGGAAGAUGGUAAAGCGCAGGUCUUCAAGCUCCAGAGGCAGCGUCCAGGCUGCUGAUGAAAUCAUGGACCGGUCCGUGGAUUUAACGGGUCUGACCAGCCGCAGGAACUGUCACAGAUUAGUUGUUCUCGGGGCGCCUAGAGUUGGAAAAAGUAAUAUUAUUCGGCGGUUCUUGUGUGAGGAGUUUGAGGAGCACUAUAAACCAACGGCGGAAGACUUCUACAGAAAGCUCUUCUUCAUAGGUGGAGAGGCGUACCAGGUGGAUGUUCUGGAUGCGGCGUGUGAGAGGGACUUCCCCGCAAAGCGGAGAUUAUCCAUUCUGACAGGUGACAUUUUUCUCCUCGUCUUCAGUUUGGAUGACAGAGACUCUUUAAAUGAAAUCCAUGAGCUGCUCGCAGAAAUACGAGCAGCAAAAGCAAAGUUACUCAAAUCAAACCAUCCCAGGAUGGUGCCAGCGGUGGUGUGCGGGAACAAAGCGGACUUGGACGCACACAGAGCCGUCACGCGCUCGGAUGUGACGGAAAUCCUCGGAGAGGACGUCCCAUUCUUUGAAGCGUCGGCCAAAACCGGCACCGGGCUGCAGGGAUGCUUCCGGGCUCUGGCCAGCCUCGGCGGACUCCCCAAUGAGACCAGCCCGUCGCGGCAUCAGAUCGUAUCCAUCCUUACGUACCAGUCGCUGUGCGUCGAUCAGCGGGGCAGGAGGAGGAGGAGGAUGCAUUUGCGGGAGCACGCUGCGCCCUGUGCCGCAGUGGACCCGCUGGCGCGCCGCCCGAGUUUCACCAGCGACCUAAAACUGGUGCUUGGAUCAAGUACCAAACAGAAAAAACCCGAGAAGUGUCAGAUUCAAUGAAUCGUGGUGUCUCUCGACAAACAUAUUGUAGUAGUAUGCUGCAAUGUCCUUUACGUAAAGAGUUAUACUCUGGCAGCUGGCUGGACCAGUGCGCUUUAUACCUGUAAUAACCGUUUAAUAAAAUACUUUUUUCUAAGAGA